CGCAACACUUUCUCAUGUCUUAUACCAAUUACACUUUCAGGUGAAGCCACCGGAUCUCAAUAAUGUUUGGCUGCUCAGGGAACUCGCCGUGAGCGGCAACGUUUGGCUGAACCCCGAUUGCAUUGUGUAAGUCGAAUCCAUCUCGAGACAAUGGCCCUAGAUGCUCAAAGCAACUGGGAUGUUGAGAUGCCGCAGUUGCGACUGGAUGCGACUGGGACGGAGGAAAAACAUUCAUCAAUGAGGCCCCAUCAACCGGCCUUGGUCGCAACCUCGGCGUCUGGAAAAGAGAUCGAGCUGCCCUUAGAGGUAUUGAUCCAGAUUGUCUCGUACAUACCGCGUCGACAACAGUACCAGAAAACUUUAUGGGCAUGCUGCCUUGUAUCUCGCGCCUGGUACUCAGCAGCAAUUAUGUUCCUCUAUGAACGACCACAUAUCGGAGGUGGCAACUUCCAAGAAUUUGUCGCGACCAUAUGUCCAUCCAAAAACGCCCACAUUCGGAAGAGCCAGUUGGCGGGUAUGGUCAAGAUUCUAGAUAUGGGCUCACUUGUGCAUGACGGCAGCAAAAGCUUGACCGCACGGCUUCUUGGGAGGUUAAAAGGCAGCCUCGAGGAGUUCGUUGCUCCCCAGGCGUCCUUCUCGAUAAAUUCUUUCGCAGCUCUGGCCAAGUGCAAGAAUCUCAAAUUCUUGAAUCUUUCUCUGAUGUCAGCUUCCAUCUCAAUCAGAGUUCUUUUCCAGACUCUCAAAUCCUUAGAUAAGCUGGAAACACUCUUCUUCCCCCGGACUUCGAACCAGGAUGAGGGCUGUGAAAGCCCAUAUGAUUGGCCUCCGAAAUUGCAGGCGCUACAUAUCGCUGGAGGCGUUGACGAUUACUUUCUUCGCGUUCAUGCCACGAAUAUUCCUUCGUCCGUGGAAAGAAUUAGCAUCCAACAUUGUUCGCAGAUAUAUACUGAGGCUUUGCAAGAGUUCCUGUUAACAGUUGGUCCACAGUUGCGGCACCUGACUCUGCGACACCCUCUGAUUAAACUGCCGCCGGGGGUGCUUAAUGGCGUCCUACAAUGGUGUCCCAACCUGGUUGCCCUUCGUAUCAGUGUUGAUUAUGUCUCUGAUGCGUUGUUAGAGUCCAACGGAGUCAAAUGUCACCCUCUUCGUGUUCUGGAGCUCGACUGCUCAAAUUCUGCUGAUGCCGAAGUUGGCAUCUCACCAGAUUCCAUAUGGCUAGCCAUAGAUAAUGGUUAUUUGCCAGACUUGCGUAGCAUUAUAGUUAAUGCGCGGUUGGCAUGGCAAGCUACAGAACGUCUUCGGACUUCCGUUUCUGAUUUGGUGGAGCUGGUACAGGCCCGGGAACGAAAGAACCCGCUGAAGUUAACACCAGGCGUAUGGAGUGUUGUGUCGUGAAUAGGAGAAAUAUUCUGAUUGCCCCAUCGACCCCUUUGGUGAAAGCUCGAUGUUUCAUCUGGAUGCCAGGCAAUGAAUGUCCAGGUAAAUUUCAACAGCUGAAUAUAUGUAGGCUAUAUCUACGCCACUGGAACAAGGUAGGUCAUGAGAUGGACAUUGAUGUUACAUACAUUUAACUCCUGAAUCCAACAAACUUCCCUUUGUUCUGUAUGUGAUAAUCAUACUCUCUUCCCAUUCAAUCCGUGUCAUGGAUGCCUCUCUUUGACUUGUUGCGGGCGCUCGAUGUUGUUAGAGCAGGUUGCGAGUUCUCUCCCUCUUUAAUAUAAGCUUCUUCUCCCGUUUAGUAUUUGCCAUCAGUGCCAGGUAACUCGACAUACUUCAAACAGAUCAAGAGCCUGAAUAACAGGAUAGGACGCAG